AUGGCAUGUGCCGCACGGGCGAGCGAGGGUGAGCCUGAGGAUCUAGUCCGAGUCAAACAGAACUACGACACGUCGCUGCAAAACUGCUGGCAGAGCCUGGCGCUCGACCCAUUGUCGCUGCUGCAUGAUGCUCUCGAGUACGCUGUUCUAGGUCUGGCAAUGCAAACAGACGCUGCGGGACUCCGGCGCAAUCCUGCACGCCCGUUGUCCGCCAAAUGCACCCUCGUACGGGUAUUGCCAAAAGAGGCAACCCCGCGAGCGUCCAAACUCGCAGGGAAUCUGAGGCAUGCCCCCCUCCAUCCGCCAGGUCGACUCGCGAACGGCCUCAGGCACAGCAACACGGCGCACACGCGUGCGGCGAGCACCCACGGCAAAGGCCCCGCAUGCAAACCUAGCCAACGAAGACACCGCGGGCCUGGGCGCAGCGACGAACUCACGACAGGUGUGGACGACGAAUACACGGCAAGCAUGAACGACGAGCGGACGGCAGGGACGAAUGAACGGCUGGCGGGGAUGGGCGAGGGCGAGGUCGAGGGCGAGGUUGAGGGCCAGAGCCAGCGCGACGUGCACGACGACGGCGAGCACGCAGGGCCAAUGCCCUGCGUGUAG